CGCCUUCUCCCCGAGCUCUCAAAUCUCAUCCAGGCAACCUUCGCCCCAAAAGCGCUUCUCCGCGCCGAGGCACCAAUAUAUCAACAGUGUUCGAGUCGAAGCUCGAAUCUGCCAUCGACUGUAUUCAGGAGGUUCAGCGUGAUUGGAUUGUGAACGAUGGAGAACGAUGUUCCGCUGCAGGAGAUCAUGUUGGAAUUUCGUGCAGGUAAGAUGGUCCUCGAUGGUACAAGGGUGGUACCAGAUACCAGGAAAGGGCUUGUUCGUAUAGGAAGGAGUGAGGAGGGAUUAGUUCACUUCCAGUGGAUUGAUCGAACCCAGAACGUCGUUGAAGAUGAUCAGAUCAUCUUCCCAGAUGAAGCUGUUUUUGAGAAGGUGUCUCAAUCCUCUGAAAGGGUGUAUAUUUUGAAGUUUAGACAUGAUAAUAGGAAGAGCUUCUUUUGGAUGCAGGAGCCAAGAGCUGAUGAGGACUCACAAAUAUUCACCUCCGUCAAUUGCUACAUUAACCAACCUUUAGAUCUAAUGGGAGAAGAUGAGGCUGAAGCUUCAGUUCCACCUCAAAUGUCUGACAUGUCUGACAAUACAGUGGAGGAUGAUUUUUCAUCCAGAGCUGGAAACCUGGUUGAUCAAAACAUAGCUGGUGAAUUAGGUGGAGAAGUAACCUCCUCUGCCAGACCUGUGCAGUUGGCAGACCUGCAGAGGAUUUUAAGAAGCAUUCAGCCAGCAGAUGCUAUUGAAGAUCCUGAUGCAGGGUUGGGAUUGGGUGACAUUUUAAAGCCUGAUUUGGUCUUGCCUCUAAUAGAAACAUUGCCAAUUGAACAACAGUUGGCACAAUACUUGCCUGAGGGUUCCUGGAGUCCUGCUGAUCUCAUGGAACUGUUGCAGAGUCCACAAUUCCGUCAACAAGUAGACACAUUUACCCAUGUGCUUCGAACAGGACAGAUAGAUCUGUCGCAGUUUGGAAUCAACCCGAGUAAAUACAAAUUCACCGUCCUGUCUUUCCUCGAGGCUCUCGAAGACUCGGUGGCAAAAUCAUCGGAGGCUGCAGGGUCCAACUCGGCGCAAGAUGAGAGCAAGGAUUCCCAGUCGCAAAGGUGUGGUAGAGGUGACGCCAUGGACGAAAGCUGACAGCACCAGUUGCUGGUGAUGGGCAACAUGUUUCUUAUGUUUAGCUAGAAUCUGGGCAAUUUUGCUUUGUUUAAGUGGGAAAUGCAUGUGAAAAUUGGAUGGUUCAUGAUGAUUGUAACAUUUUUCUUUAAAAAAAACAUUGAUUAAGUUGCAUUCAACAAUAAACUGUCAUUUAUAAAGCAUUUUAUA